AUGGGAAUCUGGGAACCCGAAUCAAGUGUGAGGGAGCGUGGUGAAGAACAUGAUGAGAUUAUCGGGGUUCUUGCUGGAGCAGGGCUGGCCAUUAGGAGCAUUGUUAAGGAACCAAAAUGCCCUAUAUGUUUGCUGGAAGUGGAGUCUGUGAUGCAUGCCAUUUGGAAUUGUUCUGCAGUUUCAGAUGUGUGGGCAGAGGAGUGGAGUCCAGUUAUACGGAUUGCUGCUAUAAAUCUUGAAAAUUAUUCAUCGGCUCUAAGGAAGGGGGGUGAGGGAGUAGUACAAAGGUGCAUAACCAGAAGAGGAUUGGGAUGGCGAAGGCCUGAGGGGGAAAGCUUUAAAGCAAACUUUGAUGCUGCUAUCAAUGAAGUUGAACAGACCAUGGGAUUGGGAGUUGUCAUCAGAGACUGUAAUGGACAGUUGUUGGCUGCAAAAUGUGCAAACAGAAAAUGUAGAAGCUCUCCUUUCAUUGCAGAAUGUUCAGCUAUGUUGGAGGCUAUGGAACUAUGUAAAGAACUGGGUUUUUGGGAAGUGUGGCUGGAGGGGGAUGCAAAGGAAGUUAUUGAUGCAGUAAAUAGAGAAGAGGAUGAUGAUUCCAGGUUCGGCCAUGUUAUAGAAGAUUUAAAGCAAAGCUUGAGACAAAGCAGUGCAUGGAGGGCAGUGUUUACACAUCGAGAGGGUAAUGAAGUGGCGCAUCAUUUAGCAAAAAUUGCAUUACAUUGUACUAAUGAUCAAUAUUGGAUAGAGGAGGGACCUGAGUCGAUUAAAAAUUUAUUAGCUAUUGACAGGCUACAGAGUGAUAUUGUAACAAUUGUUUCUUGA